AUGGGUCCUCCUCCGCUUGCAAUCCGUAACCUCAGCUCGACACCUCUGGAGCUCAAAGUGAUAGAGCGUUUCGAGAUCCCCCACGUCCAACCCCAAGGUUUCGCCAACAUCACUCGCAAUGUGACGCAUUUUGUUGUCUCGAACACGACCGGCAGUGCUCCUCAAGAGGGACCGAGUUUUGCACCUCUCACUGUCAAUGCACAGAGUUAUGGUCAACAGGACGUGUCUAUUCGCAUCGAGCCUUUCACCACCAACAAGACCGAUAUCAACACGGCUGAGAGAUCUGAAAAGGAUGUCCUGAGAUUGACUUUUGAAUUCGAUGGACAGCGCUACAGAGUUGAUACGCGCACGACCAGACAAUCUCAGGAAUUGAUUCCUCUGGAUCCAGAACCGAGGAAACAGUACACGGCUAUUUGGGUAGACAGUGAAAGCCAUCUAGCCAUUUACUCUUCCGCAAACAUGAGUUGCUGGAUGAAGGAAAUGGCAGAUGCGACGCCCCUCUCCGGUCUCUCUAUCCCGGGCACCCACAACAGUCCUACACAUCACAAAGCACUGCCUUCAGUGCGCUGCCAAGCUGUGUCUCCUAAAGAGCAGCUGCGCAAUGGCGUCCGUUUCUUCGAUAUCCGCGUGCAGCCCGAGAAGCCUGAAGACCCCAAUCAUGACGGUCUAGCGCUCGUCCACGGCGUCUUCCCAAUCUCAUUGACAGGCACCAAGCCCUUCCGCAAACUCGUCAACGACAUCUUUGACUUCCUGCGCGAGAACCCUUCAGAAACACUCAUCAUGAGUCUGAAACGCGAAGGCCCCGGUGAAGCAACCGAUGAACAACUCUCAAACAUCGUUCAUCAACACUACGCCAACGAUCCCGCCCUCUGGUUCACCGAACCACGUAUCCCCUCUCUCGGCGAAUCUCGCGGAAAGAUCGUACUCAUGAGACGCUUCGCCCUCGCCGAACCACUGACCCACGAACACGAUGGUCGCGGCUGGUGCCUGGAUGCCCAAAACUGGGCAUACAACACACCCUGCGACAACCACGGUCUCGUGUGCGUCCAAGACUUUUGCGAAGUCCUCGAGACCGAAAACAUCAACAAAAAGAUUGACUUCUGCUGCGAGCAUUUCGAACGCGCGGGCUCGCAGGUGUGUCCUGUUCCUGGCAUCACCACUGAUGCUGCAAACCCUUGCCCUCCAAACCCUUUGUACCUGAAUUUCCUGUCAGCCUCAAAUUUCUGGAAAGUGGGGUGUUGGCCUGAGAAGAUUGCGCAGAAGUUGAAUCCGGCGGUGACGGAGUUUUUGUGCGUCAAGCAUGAUACGGCUGAGGAUGAAGCAAAGGGUGAUGGCGGUGUGGGGAUUGUGGUCACGGAUUGGGUGGGUAAGGACGGGGAUUGGGAUUUGGUGAGGUGUAUUGUGGGUAUGAAUUCGAGAUUGGAGUUGAGGGAGAAGGGCGGGCAGCAGUGA